AUGGUCGAAGGUAGUUUCGCCAGCGCGGGAGUCACAGCUGACAGCACGAAAUUCGGGUAUGUGGUUGGAGCAUUACCGCCGAAAUAUGCAGUUAAAGUCAAAGACAUAAUUAUGACGCCGCCCUCGGACAGUAAGUAUGUUAAAAUUAAAGAUGAAUUAAUAAAACGUCUUAGUGCCUCCCAAGAGGAAAAAUCACGUCAACUUCUGGAGCGCGUUGAGAUUGGUGACCGUAAACCAUCACAAUUUUUACGCCACCUCCAAAACCUGGUUGACUCUUCCGUUCCGGAAACAUUAUUAAAGACACUUUGGAUAGGCCGCUUACCAAAAAGUAUAAAAGUGGCGUUAGUAAUAGUUAAAGAUAGUAAGCUUGAAGAACUCGCUGUCCAUGCAGACAAUGCAUCUGGUUCUUUGGUACCUCAAAUAGCAGAGACAUCGAAAAGUGACACUCUUGAAGCCAUGUUGAAUCUUAAAAUUUCUCAGCUUACCUUGAGUAUAAAUCAGGAAACUGCGACGUUGAGAAGUGAAGUGGCAGCGAUCAAUACUCGUCCCUUGCGUAAUCCGGACUCAAGACCAAGUACUUACCGCUCAAGAUCUCGAUCUCGGAGCCGUACUCUCCAUGGUGCAAAUGGAUUAUGCUGGUAUCAUUGGCGUUAUGGAUCAAAAUCGCAAACAUGCAAGGAACCUUACCGACGAAUAAAAUCCGAUUACGUCCUAUCAGCAGCCAAUGGCACGCCUAUUAACACCUACGGUACUAUCACGCUCAGCCUCAACUUCGGACUUCGUCGAGAUUUCACUUGGAGAUUUGUGAUCGUGGAAGUAUCCAAACCCAUCAUUGGUGUGGACUUCUUGAGUCAUUACAAUCUUUUGAUUGUCGUGGGAGAAACGAAAUACGACUGUUUACUACGGAAAUUUCCCGAGAUCACUCGAUCAUAUGGAGCGCCUAAAGACAUUAGGCACAGCACCAAACACUAUAUUCAAACGACACCAGGACCCCCAGUAGCUUGUAAACCACGACGCUUAGCACCUGAUAAGCUCAAGGCAGCAAAAAAGGAGUUUGAAGCUAUGAUCCAAUUAGGCAUUAUUCGACCGUCCCAGGGACCUUGGGCAUCACCAUUACAUUUGGUAUCAAAGAACACAACGGACGCAUGGCGUCCUUGUGGGGAUUACUGUGCUAUAAAUGCUCGGACUAUUCCAGAUCGGUACCCGGUUCAUCAUAUUCAGGACUUUGCACACUUUCUCCACGGUAAAACGAUUUUUUCAACAAUCGACCUAGUCCGAGCAUAUAAUCAAACUACUGUAGCUGAAGAAGAUAUUCCUAAAACCGCAAUCGUGACACUAUUUGGACUUAACGAAUUCGUCUUUAUGUCUUUUGGGCUUCGAAAUGCAGCAAAAUCUUUUCAACGAUUUAUUGACGAAGUACUUUUUGGACUUGAUUUCUGUUACAGCUACAUUGACGACAUAUUGGUGGCAUCUGUUUCUUGA